AUGGAGAGACAACAGAAUUAUCUACUUAACUGGGUUCAACAAAACCAGUGUGGCAUAAAGACAAUAGAAGAGCUAAGACAUUCACUUCUGCACACAACAAUGGAGCUAGAGCAAACAAGAAUGGUGGCCCAAGAAGAACUCAAUACCAAAGACGACCAGAUAUUUCAGCUUAGAGAUCUCCUCAACAAAGCUAUCAAAGAGAAAGAUGAAGCACAAGAGAGAUACAAGAAGCUUCUUCUUGACCAAAACCCCAUCCUUCAACACCAAACUGUUGAAGAACAAGACCCAAACAUCAAUGGGUUUCACUCAUCGGAUGGGGAAGAAAGCAUUGUCUCAUCUUUUGACCCACCGAUGCAAAUCGAGUUAGAUUUUCCGGAGAGUAUGUUACCGGAGAAAGGGAAGCUUUUAAAGGCGGUUUUGAAAGCAGGGCCUUUGCUACAGACUCUGCUUUUGGCUGGACAGCUUCCACAAUGGCGUCAUCCUCCACCUCAGCUUGGGUCCUUUGAGAUUCCACCGGUGAUUAUUCAUGAAGGGUCACCAUUGUCACAAAAUAGUUGUGGCAACAAUCUAAACAGGAAGAGGGUUCACUGUGACGAGUCUAAUUCCAAAAGAGAGACCAAGUACCAAAGGCUUCUCUUUCCUUGA